AUGGAUCCAGUAUUGCCAAAUCCAUUGAUCGACCUACAUCAACAAAAGAAGCAGCGAAAACGCCAGCAAUUGCAACGGCAACAACAGCAGUUUCUGUAUCAUCAACAACAUCCGCAUCCACAGCCAUCCUCCGUCGCAGUAGCACAUUUCAACAAUGGAUCGUCGCCUCCGUUGCCAUCAUUGACAUAUCUAAUGCACAAUGGCAAUAAACAUCAGAUGCCGCUGAAGGUCAUGGAUCAGAUACCAAAGCAUGCUCAAAUGAAACAACAAUUGGACUUGAAUAGAAACGGAACUAAUGACAUUACGAGUAUUAGCAGUGGCAGUAAUAUUAAUAACAAAGUAUCAUACACAAACAUGAAUUCUUCGCCGGUACCUACGCAAAUGUAUCACGCCUCCAUGUCGCAGCAGCAAUCACCACCACCACAACAGCAGCAGCCACUGAUACAGACGAAAACCAAUACUGAGAUGGAUAACAACUCGCUGACAUUCUAUCAAAGAUCUGUAGUUAAUAUCUAUCAACAGCCACCUGCACCCGUUGACUCAUCUUUUUAUCCCAUUAUCAGUCGUCCGCAAGCAACUGACGAUGGCCGUGCUGAUGACGACGAUAACCUACAAAGCGAUGUUCCAACAGCAACGCCUCAACAACAACAACAGCCUCUCGCAGAAGAGCAGCAAAAGAUCUAUUCAUUUGUGCCCCUGGACGUUAUCUUUCAGCAAAAGAGGCCAAGAAAGAAAUUCAACGAAGUCGAGCGAUUGUAUGCUUGUACUUACCUGGACUGUACAAAAGCCUAUGGUACAUUAAAUCACUUGAAUGCUCAUGUUACAAUGCAGGGCCACGGCCCCAAACGAAUGCCCAUUGAAUUCAAAGAGUUGAGAAGACAGUUGAAAUCGAAUAGAAAAAAGUUACAACCACCAAAACCUCGCAAGAACUCGAAUACUUCGCAAAAGCAACAAAAGCAGAAGCAACAACACCAACAACAACAGCAGCAGCAACAGCAGAGCCGCUUGGAAACAGGCAUGAUGGUAAAUGACCAAAGCGAUUUAUUACAGCAGCAUCCACCGUCCGAGUUUUACAUGAAUACAGCUAGUCGAGAGCAUCACGAACACGAUAACUUGGUGCUGAAUCAUCAUCAUCAUCAGCAAGUACCACUGCCACAACAACCACAACCACAACCACAACAGGAAUUCAAUUUAUACGGUCCACCACCCUCGCGAACACCGUCGAUAUCAGCAGCCUCUUAUCCACAGCAACAUCAGUUUGGCGCCUCUACCACAGCGUCCUCCUCUACCUCAUCUUCAUUCUCAUCAAGAUAUCCGCAAUACAACAUGAUGCAGCAACACCAACAACAACCAUUUUAA